AUGAAGGAAAAGGAUGGCAUGGUAGUACAAAAUUCCCUAUUAGGAUGGACUGUAUUUGGAGGGAAUAGGAAUGAUUCAAGUAAUAACCAUCAAGUGAUGAAUGUCAUAAUUCAUACUCCUGUAGACCUUACACAAUUUUUGACUCUGGAAAGUUUGGAAGUGGAUAUUGAACAAUGUGAUUGCAAGAAAGCCCAGUUAGCUAAUGAAGAAAUUGAGGGAAAACUGAUUGAAGACUCGUGUACUAAAGUAGAUAACAAGUGGACAGUACCGUAUCCAUGGAUUAAGAAUCCUUAUGAACUUAAAGAUAACAAAGCACAAGCAGAGAGAAUGUUGAGAAGCCUAGAAAGAAGGUUGUUAAAGAGCCCUGAUCAGGCAGCAGCAUAUGAGAGAAAAAUGGAGGAAAUGGUAACAAUGGGGUUUGCAAGAAAAUUAGAGGAGUCCGAAGUCAACAACUACCCUGGACCUGUGCAUUACAUACCGCAUCAAUCAAUAGUUCGUCCGGACAGCAAAACCACGCCAGUGAGAAUUGUGUUCAAUUCGUCUAAUAGGUAUGAAGGAGAGGCCAUCAAUGACUAUUGGGUCAAGGGACCGGACUUGCUAAAUAACUUACUGGGAGUUCUUUUGCGAUUCAGAGAAAAUGAAGUGGCCCUGUGUGCCAACAUAUCCAAAAUGUACCACCAGGUGGCGAUUCCGGAAUGA